AUGAAGACGUCUGUCAUGGCCUCCGAACAUAAAGGCAUUUUAACACAACACAGCACCCAUAAAAACCAUGUGAAGUUUGGAGAAGAAGUAAAGACAGAUGAAGAGGAGCAUCCACGACCUGUAUCACCACCUCCAAAGCCAGAUGAGAUUGCUGCUCCUCCUCCGACGGAGCCAUGCAAAAUCAAGGACGAAGUUGAGUUACUACGGGCAGGACUUGUAAACAAGCACGGUGAUCAUCUUCACCAUCAUCAACAUUCAGUGGAGGAGAAGUAGGCACGGAUUGAAUGAUAUGCCUUUGCAACAUUCCAAAUGUACUUACAAUUAGUGGUUUACCUUUUCGCGAAAUUUUUGCGGCAAUUUAUAGCAAAAUCAUGAUUGUAAAGCUUCAGAAUGUGGCUAUUGCAGAGAGGAGAUUAUCUUUUAGUUACUCUGCCUAACAGCACCGCAAAGUACUGCGGUGCAUCUUCGUGCACUAGCGGGUCAACCAUUUGAUUGAUUGCUUUGUUCA